AGGGAGGGCGGUCCAGAGAUUUCGUCAAUCGCGAGGCGAGAGUGCACGCACGCGGACGGAUUGCGGACACGGAUUACUAUACCUGCAGACCAGAUUUCUUGGACAUUUUUAUUGUUGCAUCACUGCAUCGUUUUGCAUGUCACUUUUGAAGGAUACAACGGACUUUAAGAUGCCGCGGUCGUUUUUGGUGAAAAGUAAGAAGUUUUUCCAUCACCAUGCUGGAGAAGAGUCUGCGGAUGCAGUGGGUAGUGCCUUCACUGUUGUCACACCGAAGACAAGAGAAAGAGAUGUAGUAGAUGGACGACUUGCGGGCAGCCCGAUCAGUGCCAGUACGGCUAGUCCUCAGAGGUCGCCGCUGUACUACGGACCCCCUUACCACCUACCACAGAUCUAUGACGGUCAUAUACCAGUCAAGCCAUACUUGCCGCUCUACCCCUGGGCUGCAGAGGACCUUAGUCAUUAUACACAAGCGCUUUCAACCUUGCCACGAUCAGGUGAUCACCUCAAAUACUUGAUGAAACACGCCGACAACAAAUACAGCUACGCAGACCUCUACCGAACUCAUCUAGCCACCUCAGACUUCCACAACCUAGUAAAGAACUUCCACCAACUCGAACGCCAGUACCUCACCUGGCAGAACAACAACUAUUUCAAAGACCAAUCCUCGGAGAAAACGUUAGAAAAGCCAAUCUUCCCGAAUGUACCUUUAAAUUUACGCCAAGAGGAAAAAAUACAAGACACUGAUAGUACAGGUUCUUUCGAAUGCGUCAAAUGUAAUAAGAUGUUUAGUACGCCGCAUGGGCUAGAAGUGCACGUGAGACGCUCACACAGCGGCAAGCGUCCGUACGCUUGCGACGUCUGCAACAAGACUUUCGGGCAUGCGGUCAGCCUGAGCCAACACCGGGCCGUGCAUACCCAGGAAAAAAGCUUUCAGUGCAAGCAAUGCGGAAAGACAUUUAAGAGGAGUUCGACCCUUUCGACUCAUCUGCUCAUUCAUAGUGAUACUCGGCCCUACCCCUGUCAAUAUUGCGGGAAGCGAUUCCACCAAAAGUCUGACAUGAAGAAGCACACGUAUAUUCAUACUGGAGAGAAGCCCCACAAGUGUCUUCAAUGCGGCAAGGCUUUCAGCCAAUCCUCCAACCUCAUUACCCACAGCCGAAAACACACCGGCUUCAAGCCUUUCUCAUGCGACCGAUGCGGCCGGGCCUUCCAGCGCAAGGUUGACCUCAGACGCCAUGUGGAGACCCAGCAUUCCCCACCAGGGUCCGUGACUGCUAUUGAUAGCCACGGAAAUAUCACUGUGUCGCCGGGUGUCCCGCCGAAGACGCCGUCUCCAUCAACUCUGACUGCUCUUAGACAGUCGCCUCCACCCCAAAUGAGCGCACCACCAGCUCAUAGCCCACAAAUGAGCAGUUUCAGGCCUUCACCGCCACCGAUGACGGGUAUGAGACCCUCACCCCACCUACAUCUACCCGGAUUGUCUUCUUCACCACCUCAGCUUACGGGCCAGCGCCCAUCGCCCCCACCAUGCCCGCCACUGCGACCAAGCCCGACGAUGCACUCCGCCAUGAAGCAUGAUCUUUCGACCAUGCACUCUGUCAACCAGGAUCUCUCUGGCCAUAUAGCCCCGCUAGCACUGACUACAAACCGGUUAUCAGUCUGAGGGAGUAGCGAAGGAAAUUAACAGGAAUCUAGGAACAGGCGUGGCCUUGAGACCCGCAUCAACAGAGACCUGUCCUCGCAGGACGACCUGCGCAUGUUCGAAACGGACUGGACUUUGGAGCGUCGAACAGGUUGAAGCUAUAAAUCGAUGAUGGCUAGAUGUGAUAGAUACUGGAGCCACAGCUCCGAAAAUAUUUCAACGAGAAGGCUCGAAACAAGGGCCAGAGAUUCUUACACGGAAAUGAACAUUUGCCCAUCGAACAGUUUGCUUGUCACCGAUUGCAAUGUGCUACUUUUCGAGAAAAGGCAAACUCACAGAAGCGCUUUUUUCAGAAAUGACUAUGACUAUGAUCAUGACUAUACAGUAGUUUUGAAAUCAUCAUCCGCUUUUAGUCACGCAUGACCGGAAGCGGAAUCCAUAUAAAUUUACAUAGCUUUUCAAUGCAAACCGUUAAGAAUACUUUGUCCUUAUGGCAUUGGUAGCUGAUAAAACCUUUUGAGCAUUUUGUGCUAAGGGUAAGAAAUCUGUAAAAUUUUGCUCUGGUUGAUUUUGAAAGGUAUCCUUCAAACGAAACCUAAGAUUUAUUUGACUUUCUGUUGCAUUUCUUUUCAUGCAUUUCUAACUUUUAUUUAUCUUUUAUUUGUAUCUUUUAUUAUUGCUAAUUUAAUUAUUUGUUUCAUAACUGCCUUAGGCGUUGAACGGCCAUCGGGCUUUAAUCAUAUAAAAUUAUUAUUUAAUUUCCUGCAGCAACAACAUGAACGUGACUAUUGGCCAUCCACCAGGGUCGAAAUUGGUACGCAAUUUUGGAUUACGUCAUCACAUUUUGUGUGAUUAGUAUUCAGCUUAUUUGAGAGUUCGUUGGGUGCAAAUGCCAGAGAGGUCAUUUAGAAAGUUAUCAAACUAAAUGAUUUUACCCUCAUAUGAUAUUCUACGCUGUUGCAGAGAAAGGCAUAACAAUGGUUCCCAACCCGCCAAAAUUGAGAAAACAAAUCGAUUUUGUCGGCAUGAUAUAUAUUUCAUCGCUUGCAGAAAGUCAUUCCAUAAUAUCGAAUCAAAAAUCAUUAUUUUUGUUCCACACCGCCUUAUUGGGGCCGAAAAAACUAUAGCUAAUCAAAUUAUUUAUUUUGCAUGAAUAUAUUAAGGGGAAAAGGCGAAAAGUAAGAAUUCGGUGAGGUUGUUUUCUGUGCUAAGUUUUCGCUUGGUCUUUUGGUUCGGGGACAGAGCGGAUGUUCUCAUUCUUGGUGUGAGAAACCGUGUUUACUGUUUAAAACAAGAAAACAUACAACACGAAGAAAAAUCACUCCCCAAAGUGGACUUGACUCUCGAAAAUGUGACAUUUCGUGGUUGACCCAUCAUUAACUGUGGCUUUCUGAUGUUCGUGUGUGACCGACAUAUGUCAACAAACUACAUUUAAUGAAUUUGUUGCCCAUCCAAGAACGAUUAGGUAUCAAUGAUAGUUUACACAAAUUAUGUGCUCUAAUCAUUAUUUGGACUAAAUUGAUGGAAAAGAGGCAAACAUGGUUGAUGGCAAUUACUGUACCUAACAGGGCUUGUUUUAGGAUGAGACGAUUUAUAAGUGUGUUUCAAGCCUUCGGCAAUGCGAUAUGGCAGAUGUAAUUAGAUAAAGACAAUAGGCUUCAUGCAAACUUUUGAUGAAUGAAAGCUUUGUUAAAAAUGGGUAUCGUCUGGAAACUUAAUUUUGUCGGGAAUUUUUACUCUUUUCUGCGCAUCUUUUCAAACAUACUGAUGGUAUGACAAACUUCUUUCGUGUAUUGUCGAAAAAAAGCUGUUCUUGGGAACCCGAUCUUUUUAUGUCCCUAACGAAUGGUUUUUAUAUUCUCAGUGCUUUUACCCGCCGAAUGUCUUCUACAAGUCUACAUCUUGUUGCGGCCUUUCUCUUACGAACAAUAUAAAAAAUUCCUAAUCAUGGCCCUAACCAUCAAGCAACAAAAGUAAGAUUCUGUCGAACGUUUCUUUUGUCUAUAAGUUGGUUUCCAGGGCCCAACUUUCAAAAGCCAAGGACGUUGGUCAGUUUGGCGUUUCUAUCAGAUCUCUACUUUGUAUAUCAUCCUAAUAAAUCUUAAUCACGGCCGCCAUCAGCAAGCAAGAUUCAAACAAAACAAGCCACUUCGCCUAGACUGAUAUAAUUAUGUUUUUACACAUUGCCAUUUGGGAAAUAAUGAGAGAAUUAUUCAGCUCAUUUGUGCUCAUCCCGCAGUGAAUUGCCGCCAUUACAGCGCCGGGCCAUCCGUGUUUGUCCUGCCAUGUGAACUAUAGACAAUAACAAUCACACAAGCACUAAAUGUAUGACAAUAAAUCAUUUCCUAUAUAUCUCACCAGUAAUCUUUCGUUGGCUCUUGCUGUCAGCAUCUGACUCUGAUACAGAGCCAUGUUUUUUCCAAAAAUAUUUGGCCGCACUCGGUGUUUGGGGUUAUGGUGUUUCAAACUGUUCACGUAAGGCCUAAAAGUACCCAACUCGUCAUAAAUUGGAUUUUUACUUUUCACAAAUCAGAUCAUUUCACGUUCAUAUGUACAUCUAGAUUUAGCUAAGGUUCGAACUACUUCAAGAGUUAUUUGGCAGCGAUUUGGUAAUGGGCCAGUUCGGCUACAGAGGCCUGAAGAAAGACUCUGGGUUGACCAACAGAAAAAGCAAGCUGGCAAAGAUCAGAACUUCAUGCGUCAUUUACAGACAUGCACGUAUUUAAAUAUUGUAUUCCCAAUUUUUUUUCUCGGACCUUUUUCGUCUGGGUUAAUCUUGCCUGGAAUUCGAUGUUAAUUUCAUCUGUCCUUUUGAUCACUGCUGUGACCUCGACCAUAGUACUAAAUCUCUCCACAACACAGUGCAUGCUGAUAACACACUGCAGAGAUUUAACAAAUCUUGAUCCAUCCCUUCGAGGAAUCAAAUAAUUAGGUUACGAAAUGCAAUACCAUACUCCACAAACCCCAUUUACCUCUCUCACCCACGAUAAAAUCUAAUAUUAAUUCGAGAUUCCCUAUUAAUGCAUUGGUUUCACACUCCCCAGGGGUUGCCAAAUACCAUAAACGACCACUGUAACGGUUAAUGCUUUAAUAGAGCGGCCCAUGUUUCAGUUUUGUAAUAAUUUUAAUCGAGUAAUGCGAAAAUAAACGCGGUUAAUAAGACGAUUGAGAAGAUGACAUUGAUGGCUAUCGUGGAGGUUUUGUAAUCAGCCAUCUGGAUGGGUUGUCGGCGCGUGCUCAGUGAUGAGAGACACGAGUUAGUCGGAAAUCACACCAUUUUGUAACUUUCCGUGUGUUAUUUUGUCUCCUGAAAUUGCUAUUCGGAUCUCAAUGUUGACGUAGUUUUGCUUACACUAAUUUACAUGAAAGACUGGUUGCAGCUCCGGGAUGUCACUCGACUCCCACAGCUCCCUCACACAAUCGCCCUGUCUAUAUAAAUACGGUUAGAUUUUAACUGCAGUAUCAUGGAAGACAAAACCAUCGUAAUUACUGUGUCAACGCCCCGAACCAAAUGUUGUCCUCUGAAUAUUUUCGAGUGAAGUCAGAAGGCAAAACGUAACAAUGUUAUUUACUGCCAAUCUUAUUGUCCGUUCUUGCCGAAUCAACUGCCUAUAUGUUCACUUUUGCCUAUUUAUUUUCAUUGUGUUCAGUAUCUUUCAAUGGUUGCGAUUAUUUUCCGGAAAACCACUUUCUGGCUUCAUGUAUUUAUUUCGAUUUUGUGUUCUAGCUUUGCGUAAAAUAGCAGAGUAGAUUAGAUUAGAAAAGAUGGCCGAACGACGGCCAUCUCUAUUUAACUCCACUCAAACCUAUGACGUCACUAGGUAUAUAGUGUGCAUCGUCAUUAAAACCUGUGUUCAUCUGUGUGUUAUUUUUGCAUUUAAUUUAAUCAUUGUGUUCAGUUUGACUUUCUAUUUAUUUUUUUCUUGUGUAAUUAACUUAUAGACGCGCUACUGUACUGCCCUUAGAUGAAAAACAUGUACAGAAUAUUUAUGAAAAUAGCUACGACUCUUAGAGAAGAAAGCCAUUGUCUACCGAUUUAUCGGCAAAUAUAAAGAAUACUAAAACCUGAAUGAAAUGAACUACAAAACUGUACAUUACAAUCUGCAGCCCCAAUGAUGAUAAAAGGUAGCAACUCCAAAGGAGAUGAAAUGGAGUUACUGCCUUUUCCCACAGUAGGCCUCGAAGCUCCAUGUUGAAGAUUCUCGUUGUAUUCUCGUGGUACAUGUUUCUGUAUUUCAAGAUCUCGUUAACUUUUCGAUGAUGUGCAAACAGUAUUAAUAUCUGUAAUUAUCUGUAUAUUCAUGAUAUAAAUAGAGUAGAUUAUAUGCUGUUGUAUUUAAUGAGAUAUUUUCUACGGUGCAAUAGGAUAAUAGAAUUGGGAAUGAAGG